CGUCUUUUUUAAUACGAAUAACGGUCAUAUUUCACAUGUAUUAAAAAAACUUAAAUAUUUCAGUAAAAUAAAUAAAUUAUGUGUAGUUAUCAUAUGUAUUUACUAUUUGGUAUAGGAAUAUGACAAUUUUUUUUUUGACUGAAUUGCUCUUUUGUAUAUUCAUUGAAUAAUUAAUAUAUAAACUAUUUUCAUAAGCUUUCCAAAGAGUGAGUGUUACAAAUAAUUAAUGCACGGUACAUUAACUCAAAUGAGUAUAUCAUCCAAAUGAAGCCAAUGCCACCAACCUUUGGAAACUUCAGACUUACUGUGCUGUUUGACUGAAAACCACUCAUUUGGUUCUUAGUUUCUUCUAACAAGUACUACAACUUGUUAUAGUACAUUGCAAAUAAACAAAAAACAAUUAGUAUUAUGGCAUUGGCCCCAUGAAUAAAAUAAGUUGGUAGACUAGGCAAGACUGGCAACCUGUGUCAAGUUGACUAUACUAUAAGUCUAUAACCAACCAAGCAUGGAUAUGAAAGCAGAAUUACAUCCAGACUCCAUUUUUGCUAUACUAUUCUAGUUAACAUUCACAUGGCUGAAACAUUUUUGUUUGAUGUUGCUGGUUCACUAUUAGGGCAGCUUGCUUCUUUUGCUUUUGAAGAGUUUGCCCGUGCCUGUUACGUGUAUGAUGAUCUUCAAGAGAUCAAAGAUACUCUGUCAAUUAUCAGAGGUCUUUUGUUGGAUGCGGAGGAGAAGAAAAACCAACGACAUGCUUUGCGUGAAUGGCUAAGGCAGAUUCAACACAUUUGCUCUGAUGCUGAUGAUGUUUUGGACGAAUUUGGUUUGCAAGUCACGCUAAAACAAGCUGUUGAAGAUUCUGGCAGCACAAGGAGUAAGGUACGCCGCUAUGUUUCUUCCUCUAAUCCACUUGCUUUCCGUUUUAGGAUGGCACAUCAAAUUAGAGAUAUUAGAGGCAGAUUGAAUAAGGCUGCAACCGAUGGAGCCGGGUUUGCACUUGUGAAAAUCGAUGUUGAGCCCGGACUUGGUGUGCAAAGUAGAGAAAAGACUCAUUCAUAUGUUGAUAUUUCAAGUGUAAUUGGGAGGGAGAAAGAUAAGGAAGCAAUUAUCAAGCUCUUGAAGCCACCUCAUCCUCACACUGAUAAAGGCCUAUGUGUUAUUCCCAUUGUGGGUAUUGGAGGCAUGGGAAAGACCACACUUGCAAAAUUCUUGUUCAAUGAUCAGAGUAUCGAUCAACUUUUCCAAUUAAAGAUGUGGGUGAGUGUCUCUGAAUAUUUUGACCUCAGGAAGAUUGUUAUUAAAGUCAUCAACUCAGCUUCUGCUGCUUCUGCUUUCGAUUCAGCUUCAAGUGUUGCUCACCAGGAGAAUAUAGACAAUUUUGAUAUUGAGCGGCUACAAAUUCAUUUGAGGCGAAAACUUUCUGGUAAAAAGUUUUUACUUGUGUUAGAUGAUAUAUGGAAUGGUGAUCUUGUAAAAUGGACUGAGUUGAAAGAUUUGUUACAAGUUGGUACAUCUGGAAGUAAAAUCAUGGUGACAACACGAAACAAAUCAGUUGCUUCGAUAAUGGGUACCGUUCCCUCCUAUGUUUUAGAAGGUCUUGAUACAGAGAAAUGUUUAUCUCUGUUUGUCAAAUGGGCUUUCAAGGAAGGAGAAAAAAAAAAGUAUCCAAAUCUAGUGGAGAUCGGAAAAGAACUGGUGAAAAAAUGUGCAGGGGUUCCACUAGCCGUGAGAACAUUAGGAAGUUCUUUAUUUUUAAACUAUGAUUUGCACAAGUGGGAAUAUGUAAGAGACCAUGGGUCAUGGAAUUCAGAAAUGAAGAACGGUGAUAUCCUACCAGCAUUACAAUUAAGCUAUGAUCAAAUGCCAUCUUAUUUGAAGCAAUGUUUUGCUUUUCUUUCCCUUUAUCCCAAAGAUUUUACCUUCGAUAGUGAUGAAAUUAUAAAUCUUUUUGCAGCCCUUGGGUUAGUUCAAACCCAAAAUGGAAGUGAAAAGAUAGAUAGUAUUGUAAGAGAAUAUAUAGACGAGUUAAAUUCACGAUCAUUUCUUGAGGAUUUCAGAGACUAUGGCUACUAUUACAAGUUCAAAGUACAUGAUUUGAUACAUGAUCUUGCAAUAUGUGUCGCUAGAGAGGACUUUGUAUUGGUAAACUCUGAUACACAAAAUAUACCAGAGAAAGCAAGGCAUUUAUCAAUUUUAGGAAAUGUUUUACUUGACUAUACUUUGAUUCCUAAGUCCAAAAGAGUAAGAACUAUAUUAUAUCCUGUUCAAGGAGUGGGUCUUAAAAGUAAAAGUCUUUUGCAUACAUGGAUAUUAAGAUACACAUACGUACUAUACUUAGAUUUAAGUAGUUCUUCAUUUCAGACUCUGCCAACCUCGAUUGCCAAAUUGAAGCACCUGUGUGUUCUCUAUAUUCGAGAUAACCACCAAAUCAAAACACUUCCCCGCUCUAUUUUCAAACUCCAAUGUUUGCAAGUUUUGUCCCUUGUUGGAUGCACGGAACUUGAAACAUUGCCUGAAGGAUUCGAGAAGUUGACAAGCCUCCGAAAGCUGUAUAUAACCACAAAACAGCUUUCUCUGUCACUGGAUGAAUUCGCAAGCUUGAAACAUCUUCAAGCUUUGGGUUUAUAUAAUUGUGACAAUAUGAAGCUUUUGGUCAGCGGGACACAAACACCACUCACUUCCCUUGAAGCAUUGUGCAUUCAAUCUUGUAAGAGCUUGGAGUCUUUCCCUCUAAGUAUUUUCCCGAAAUUGCAAACUCUGGUAAUUAAAGAUUGUCCGAUGUUCAACCUGUCGUUGAACUAUGAGAUUGAAGGCCCAAUCCAGAGGCAGAGAUUGAGGUUGAAACAUCUGCACCUUAAGAGUUUUCCAAAACUUUUGAAAUUGCCAAGAUGGAUUGAAGAUGCAGCAGAGACUUUACAAACCUUGAAAAUUCGAAACUUUCCAAAUCUCAAGAUGCUUCCUGAGUGUCCAACAUUAAUGACUCAUCUCAAAAGCCUAUAUAUUGAAUCAUGUCCCCAACUUUUGAGCCUUCCAAGUGACAUGCAUCGUCUCAUUGCACUUGAAGAACUUCGCAUUUAUCGUUGUCCUGAGUUGUGCCAAAAAUGUCGGCCCCCAUCUGGUGAGUACUGGCCCAUGAUUGGCCACAUCAAGCGAAUUUCCAUAGGAAAACAUUAACGUAAGCAUCAAACUUGAAGGAUAUGAUUUGGGGGUUCAGUAGGUUGAGGAUUCAGCAUAAGCACCAAUGGUUGAUAAUGUUGGAGAAAUGAUCACUAGCAAGAAGCUUUACAUUCUCAGGAUGUUCGUUUCCAUCUGCAUGUAUAAUUAUUCUCUUCCAUUCUACAUUCUCAGUACUCACAAUUAUUUGUAAGAAUUCAACAUUUGUAAUUUGUUCAAUUUAAAGGUGAUUUAAUUAA